UAAAGUGAUUCUGACACUUCAAUGCCGUCCCAAUUGUUGAUAACAAAUUGGCCGUUGAUGAUGUAUACCCGCAUUAAUGUACCCUGGCAGUGAAGAGAGGAAGCUCCUGGUAAAAAAAUCAUUAGACCUGACAUUUAUAAAACUCAGCUAACAAACUCGUGCCAACAACUAUAAUGUGUUAUUGGUUGGAAAUACCCUGUUCCGUGUAGCUCCAUGUGUACAGGAAUUGGAAUUCAUGCUUAUAUGGUCGACUGCAUUAAUAGAAGAGCGUUGGUAUUUCUAGCACACUAGAACGAGCUGCUCAAACAUUAACUUCUGGUGAUUGUGUAUAUACGUGAUGUAAAUACACGGAUUCGAAUGUGCUUAGUGUUUUAAUUCGUAUUAUGUUGUGCCCUAUGUGCAGGGUUAUUGACACAGUCUGUAAACAUGAGUCAGUAACAAGGUGACAAGCUGAUACCAAAAUAGAGAGAAGGGAUUCUCAAACUGGUAACAGGAACAGGAACAACUUGGAGCCGUUUUCUAUACGAUCACGAUAAUUAUUCGGCUCGAAUAAAGUACACAAUUUCAAUAGGAAUGACUGUUCUUCAUUGAAGAUUUUUAUCUGAUCGCAUUUUAGGCCUACCCUCGAUCCCUAUGUUGAGGAACACUGUGAUAAUUCUGUUAACUGCAUACCAGUGAAAUUUGUUUAAUUUUACAUUGAGAAUCAUCGUUAUUAUAUCGAAGCCGUUUUGAUCGGGAGAUUAUAAACCUUUAUCACUGACGUCGAUACAAUUUUGUUCAUUCUGCUCAGUUGAAUUUAUGAUAAUCUUCAGAACGUCGUUCUUCUGUAGGAUACAUUUCGUCUAGAUAAUUAAGUUUCGGAAUCCUCCUAAUUGGGUGUAGCACUUGCUUAUACUUCAUCAAGAAGAGGGUCUAACUCUUUAGCGGAGUGACAGUUAUCGUGAACCUCUCGUAUGAAGAUAAUCUCUGCAGUCAUCAUCGUAUCUAAAUGGAAUACUUUUGUUACACCUUAGUACUCUUUCGAAGAUGAGAGUCUGGACUGUGAUUUAGCCACUGACUGAUCAGCAUUGACAGGUUACAAUCAGUCGAGCACCUUCAUUCCUGAAUACCCAUACAUGUGGUAUAUAGGAGACUGCAGCUGGUGAGAGCGAAAAGAGUCUUCUGAUUAAUAAUUCAUUGAUCUUAUCGACGAGUGUUGAUUUGUAAACCAUCACCAUCAUGGAUGCUGGCAAGGAUAUCAAAUGUGUGAUUGUUGGAGACGGAUUCGUGGGUAAAACCUGUCUGCUGAUUUCAUUCACUACCAGUAACUUUCCCGGGGAAUAUGCUCCCACAGUAUUCGAUCAUUAUGCCAUGAAGACUGUCGUAGAUGAGACUCGUGUAUCAUUGAGUCUAUGGGAUACUGCUGGCCAGGAUACAUACGCACAGGUCAGGCCUCUGUCAUAUGCAAAUGCUGACGUAUUUCUGGUCUGUUUUUCAACGGUUAACAUGGAUUCACGUGAUAAUGUCUCACUGAAAUGGGUCCCUGAGGUCCGUGUACACCAACCAAACACACCCAUUAUCAUAGUCGGUACGAAGACUGAUCUUAGAGACGACAAGGAAACAAUAGAUGCUCUUCAGAAACAAAAACAUAGACCUGUCACCACUGAAGAGGGCGUACUGAUAUCCAAGAGUGUGAUGGCUUUAGCAUACACGGAGUGCUCAGCAAAAAGCCAAGAUGGUGUCAUCGAGGUAUUCAACCAAGCAGUCAGAGCAUCACUCAAUCCAAACAUAUUCAAGAAAAAGAAAAAAAGAUGCACUUUACUCUAAUUGGUAGAAUACUUUAGUUAAAUGAAAUCAAUUUUGUACAUAAUUAUAUUUGACUUGAAAUGCAACGAUGAUAUGAAAUAUAUUUAUUCAUUAAUGUAAGUCUAAUGUCAGCUUUUGAUUACUAUUCUGUACUGUUAAUUAGCGUGAAGGGAGAUUUAUUUUCCACCAAUUUCCACCUCUCUCUCUCUCUCUCCCUCUCUAUUUCUCCCUCUCUAUUUCUCCAUCUAUGUCUCUUCUUCCUCAACCUUUCUUACUUGAAUAGCUCCUUCUCUAAAUGUACGUUGUUUUUAUUAAAUUGAAAAGAAACAAAUAGUAACUCACACUGAAAGUACAUAAUGAUGAUAUUCUAUAUAGUGGAGCAGCGAAUUAAAUGUUAAUUUUCUAUUUCAUCUGAAUUUUUUUCUCAGAUAUAAGACAUUUAAAGCAAGGAAAUGAUUACACAGGAUACAUAUCGGUAAAACGUACUAUGAAAUGCAAACUGGACUCUUAUAUUGAAUGUAAAAUAUUUUGAGGGAUGCUCAAUGGGUAAACUAUAAGAAGUUGAUUGUUAAUGCAAGGUUCAACAUAAUGUGUUGAAUGCUGUAUUAUGCACUUUUCAAUUAUAAGAGGUGUCUGUUUGUCCAAUUAUCUGUUUGUCCAAGUCAUACAUCAUAAUUAUAAUUAUCUAUCUAUCUUCCUCAUCUUCUUUAUCUUUCACCCCUCUUCCCUGUCCCCUCGAUCGCCCCCCCCCCCCAUCUCUCUCUCUCUCUCUCUCUCUCGACCCCCCUCGUUCUUUCUCAUCAGUGAAAGUGAAGCGCAGGCGUAUAUAAUGGUGCGUUAUUAUUAUUUUUGCAUUCUUUAAUAUUCUGAAAAUCACUGCGUUAUAGCAGGGAGUUGGAAUCCCACUCCCUGGUUACUAUAGCUGGUUAUAGGGGUAUUUCGUAUAUUUUGCCAGUAAACAUUGCAUGCAGGUACGAUUUUUUUAUGAGAAUAGACCUUUGUGAUUCAAUUAAUUUGCCAACUUUAGACAACCUCUGUCGGCAAUGUUUAACAUAACGAGAUCUAAUUUUAACCUGUCAAAACUUGCAAGUAUUUUGUUUGUGUAAUGACAAGCACUCUAUGUUUUGGAGUACCACGCUCCGUGUUGUGACUGGAGACAGAUUAAUAGAGCAGAUUUAUAAACGGAGACGAGACUUGAUUUACUUUGAAGGUCUAUAACCAUUGGUUGUUUUUUAUCUCUUGUAUGCGAUAUGUGAUAUUGAUGAUUUUGGUUCGUAGAAAAUAAGUAUCAUGGUUAUAAUAAUACUCGGAAAACCCUUGUCGUGAAAACAAAUUCGAUAUUCGGCAUUUCUUUCUGCUAAAUAAGCUCAUUACUGACUUCUUAUGGAGCUGAUUUGAGAAAUAUUGAUAUAAAGAGUUAAUGAUGUAGAAAUUAGAUAUUACAUGUUUUCAAGCACAAAAACAGUGAAAAUUGACGCACCUUCUUAUUGUCAUGACUCGUGCCAUUCAAUGAUUAAGAAGGUUGUGGGUUCGAAUCCCGAUUCUUUAUUUUGGUGCCUGGCAGAAAUAUUGUAUGAUUUGAUUGCUUCCUUGUUUUCUUUUAGUCGCAAAGUAAUGGAUUUUCACGAUGUACAAGAGCUGGAUGUCAUUCUUAUAAAAUGAAUGUUCCUUAUAUUUGAAACAAAAUACCCGUUCCUCAGCAUCACCAUGGCAAUCGGUGAUUUAGGUAUCCUGUUAUUUUAUCAAUUUACAAUUUGUUUCUCACAGCAUUUUACAAUAUCUUAUUGUUCGAAUUUUCAUCGUCUUUCAUUCUCCAUAUUGUGAGGAAUUCUCUGUGAUUUCUAGGAUACGUCUUUGUUAUAAGUUAGUAAUGUUCAUCCUGCAAGUGUAGAUGAGUGUUUAAUCGACUACCUAUUGCUGUACGUGUUUGUUUUUAAUGACUUAUUUCAAGUAUUUUGUUCGUUUGUACUCGAUGUUUAUUCUAAGAUUCUUAUAAAAUAAUGAUCAUGACAUUAUCUUUGAAUCCUACGAUAUUAAAGAUAAAGGUGAGUUCUGGUAAUGCGAUUGCAUUGUAAAAGAAAAGGUGUAUAGAAUGGAUCAGAAAAAGUUGAUCAUAUAGCAUUAAAGUAUUGGUGUGUAUUGCAAGGUUCAGGAGUCAUCAAAAUCAUCAUAAAUUUGACCCAGUCUUGUAAAGUAACAAUCACUGUACACAAAAAGAUAUGGGACAACAAAAAUUAUGGCUGGGCUAGUACUACCAUGAUUUCCUUAUCUUUCUAUGCUCAUUACUCAGCCAGUAUACAUUUUCUUCCAAAAUUGUUUGGCACAUGACAUUAUUUGUAAUCGUGAACAUUCAGUGUAAGUUUCGUUAGAUUAUGUGAGAAUUCAUUUUCUUUCUUUUUCACCAGAACUCAAGUUUAUCUUAAUAACGUCUUUACGUACAUGAUCAAUAUCCAACUUGAUGCAUCACGUGAUGCGAAUAAAACAAGAGAAAUCUGAAAUGACUGCACGUUGUCAUUUAUUCAAAGGCAAGCAAGGCCUCCGGUUGAUAUGAAUAAAUAAAUUACAGAGCUUGCUUUAUGCACUUUCUACCA